AUGGCGCGUUUUGUGGGUCGGCGCGAAGAGGCAGUGUUUCUUUCGCCUUUUGGGUUUUCUGACCUACCGAAAGGAGGAAGUCUGCUCUCUAAAAGAGUUAUUGAUAUUGUCAACUCAGCCACUGAGCGGCAACUAGGAAGACUGGAUAUUUACACGUUUUCCGAAUUCCUGAGUAAGGUUACCUCCACUACCCUCAUCACAGCCUUAAUAUUGGUCGACAAAUUUCGACAGCUUGACCCGAAACCUCUGCUUUUUUACGAAAUUACGGCGACGGAACUGCUAAUUGUUGCUACCUUGGCUGCAUCGAAAUUUCUUCACGAUACGGAUACAGAAGAAGGUUUGUCCAACGGUGCAUGGGCAUCAACCUUUGACAUUGAUCUGAAGGCUUUAAAUGCUAUGGAAAUUCGCUUCUUCUCUGCUCUUCAUUGGAACUUGUUUGUUUCCAAAUCCGAUUUCAACGAUUUUCUCAUGAAUCGCUUUGCCGCUCCCGUGCCUUCCGGCAAAGUAGUUCGUAAUAGGUCUAAACGUCAACAUCCAGAUCCCAUCGUCAGGGGGAUUUCAUCUACUUCAUUUCGUCAAAAGAGAGGGAAGUCUCUUCCCAGAUGGUCACUGGCUAAGGCAAUGGCAAUGUGUGCAGCUGCUUUCCUAGCCUUUUCGCAUCCAGGAAUGUCCAAUAUAUCUGAUGACAGCUAUAUGGAACUCCUGUUGGCAAGUUCAUCGUUGACGUCUCCCACGUCCUCCCCAGAAAUUCCCGACCUGUCCAGCUUGCUCGCUGACCGGCUAAUGGUCCUUUCCGUCAGUGGCUUUAACUAUACCAUGCCCGGGUUUCACUCCUGCCGGAAUGCACCCAAUGAUAGCCGCUUCUCACACGCCCCUGAAGAGCGCUUGCAUCAUAACUCCACAAACGCCAUCCACACACACCUCCAUGUGCAAAAACCAAACUUCGUCCCAACCUUACUAGUCGUUGGAGUGAGCUAG